UGAAAGACCAUCUGCAAAUACCAUCCAGGGCACUGUAACUUUCCCAAUAUAACCUCAGUGCACACAACCAGCCGAGGGGUCGCUCUGAGAUCCAGCCACUCUGCUCCCAGGACUGGGUUUUCUUCACGUUUAGAUAGACACUAUGAUGAGAGGGGAAGAUUCAGAGGAGGUAGAGAUCGACCUGGAGGACUCCAGUGACCCUGAAGAGUCUGAUAAUGGGGAGGAUCCUCACACGCUGUGGAAGGCCCCUCCUGUUGUGGAAGAAGAGGAAAACAUUCACACAUCUACGCUCGUGGAAAUCAGUGAUACAAAACCUCUGCUCAAUGUCAGAGAUCCUCGAGGUAUCAAUGACUGCCUCAAGGUGACGUUUGAGGAUGUAAUUGCUGAGCCGGUGUCGGUUCGCAGUGGUGACAGAGUGUGGAUCUGGAGCAACGCCCUGUUUGAGGUGUGCAGGGUUUGGAUCUACAGGAUAGUGACAGUGCUUCUGGCCAUUCCCUUUUCAGUUCUCUCGGGUCUCCUGUUCGGCUUCCUCAGCUGCUUCCACAUCUGGAUGGUCAGCCCUUGUAUCCAGUGUGUCCUGAUUGGUACACGUUGGCUACAGAGCCUUUGGACCAUCGUGCUGGAUGUCAUUGUGCAUCCGUUCUUCAAGAGCACUGGUCGAUGCUGUGGAGGUUUCAGCGUUCACCUGGCCAAAGAGUGAUACUCAUAUGUGAGAAGCUCAUUCAGAGUGGGGUUGUGUAUCACAGGCCCACUUCUGCUCUAGGAGACUGAACCGAUGAAGUGGGAAAUCAUUUUCACUUUUCAUUCAAAACUAAAAUGUUUUUCAAUGUUUUUUUCCACAAAGUUGGAACAUAUGCUCAAGGUCAAGGUUGUGUUGUAUCACUACAAAAGUUUAUGAUGCUGACAGAAGGUGUUUUUUAACUGAUUCUUCAGAGUGUGAAAUGACUGACUUCUUAAUAAAUUACAUUAUGAUGACCUUUUUAAAAGAUACGACAGUCAUGAAAGUGACCCCUAAUUAGAGGUAGACCAAUAUAUAGGAUGACGGUAUAUUGAUUUUUUUUUCAAUAUUGGCCACCUGCCUUGAUUUUUUUUUUUUUGUUUUUGAAAGCUGACAUUUGAUCAGUAGUAAAAUGUUAUAACAUAUUUAAUCAGGCACCUGUGUGGGCAGCACUUUAAGUUCAAUAAAUGUUAAAAGAGUACUAUGUGUACAUGUAUUAAUAAUUUUAUUUAUAUUGCUGCAUAAAAAAAUCAUAAUUAUCUGAGUGUUCCAAUUGUAGUUCAAGGUUAAUGUGCUUUAAAAAAAAAAAAAUCAGCCUUAACUAUUAGCCAUCAGCUGACCAAAUUUUUUUAAAAUCGGCAUUGACCUUAGAAAAACCCAUAUUGGUCAACCUCUACCCCUAAUUAUAUUACCGGUGAAUUUUCUAAUAUUAUUUAUAAUUACACUGGAGAUAAUGACCCAGGAUGAUUAUUUAUGCUGGAAAUGACUCUUGCAUUAUUAUGUUAAUAUGUAUUUUGUAAUCAUCUUUUUCUAUUUCAUUUUAUUGUAGGUCUUAGUUUGACUGUGUAGAGCCAAAAGUGACAUUUAAAGCUAUACCUACCGAUGUGGCAUUUCUCACAGCACUUAGUAAAAGUUUGAACAUGAACAACCCGCCUCCCUCCAAAGCCCCGCCCCCUUCCCUCUGCCUGAGCUCUGAGGCUCC